AUGGCGAUUUUCCGUAUCGGCUCCUCGACUGCUGUUCGCUCUGAUCCGACUUUAUCCUCGUCAGCCGACCACAAGAACACCAAUUCCACAACUGCGACCAUCUUCACCAUUGGCGAAGACUUCAUCUCGAAAUGGGACCUGAACCCAGGGGAGUGUCAGGUGCAAUUCCUGAAAGACCCAGUUUUUAACACGGCAUUGAUUAUUGGGUACUAUUGGAUCACUCUGGUGGUAAUGCUGGUGUUGUAUGCUGGGAUUUAUCAAACUGCGUAUCAAAUGCAGAAGAAAUCGGCUGAGAAGCACAAGGCGAUGCAAAUCGCGUUGAAUAAGUCGAGCAAUUUGACUUCGUCAAAAACACAGACUACUUUAUUGAAGCAAGACAGCAAACCUGGAAGCACGGGAAAGCCAGGAGGAAAAGGUCAAAAGGUUGAAUCAUCCUCAGGCCAGAAAGCAUCCUCAAAAUCCACGGGCAACAAAAAGGCAGAUGACAAGAAUCAACAGAAGUUUGACUCCAGGUCCAGCAGCCCAGCUUUUGACUCUGAUGACAACACCAGUGCAGUCAAAGAUAACAGCAGUGGUGCAGCAAAUGCUUCAGCAGCCAACAAAGGCAUUUCCAUGACAGCCAAACACAUUGGCUCUCUUCCUCCAGUCCCAGAAACUGACCACUGUGACGGACCAGAUACGAAACCAGUCCUACCGAAUAAUAAUCUCAAAAGUGAACCAACAGGAUCCUUUUUCGCCAAACCAGUCUCGCAGAACGCUGCUGCUGUUAUUGAACCAGUGGAGACUCCGAAAUCAAAAUCAAAUUCCCCGGCACCACAAACUCAAGGUGUUCAGCAACCAGGAGAAUCAUUUUUCGCCAAGCCAAAGUCUGCACCUACUGAAAAUCAAAAGGCCACAGACUCUUUUUUCUUCAAACCAGCUGCUCAAGCAGAGUUGGUGCAUUCUUCUUCAACUAGUAUUACUGCUGGUGUUAAAGCUCAGACGCCUGAAGCAGCAUCAACUGUGAAUCAAGAAAAGGCAGCCUCCAUUCAUACAACUCCCAGGCAAACUCCAAAACCUUCUGGCAAUGCAACCAAUGAGAUACCAGAUAACCCAAGAUUGAGCAGUCUAGCUAUGGUUCUUCCAAGCCCAGAUGACCCAAGGUCAGGGUCCACCACUCCAAAGGCCUGGCAGGGGUCAUACAAAACCCCUCUACCCACUCCACCUCCAAUGAACGGAAUUCAUUCAAAUCCCACACCUUCUCCACUCUCAUCUCGGAACUCAAUCACAAUUUUCACUCCAAUGCCAACUCCUGCCAAUGGCAGCUUAGUUGACAUCUCUCAAACUCUGUACUAUGACCAAAUGCUUCAAAAUGGCGCAGGACCCGAAAAUAGCUAUGCAUACUGGAUCAAUGACACAAACAGCAUGAAUGACAUGCCUCUGCCUUCACCAGGCCUGGAAAACAUGUUCCCUCCUCCACCUUCUCCAAUCAUACCUUACUUCACUUUCCAAAAUGGCGUCUACCAGCCAGAGAAGCAUCACAGAGCCCAGGAGUCCUUCAGCAGGCCAAGUUCACUGUGUCUCCAGCUGGCAGACAACUCAGACUGGAGAUACCUUGAUGAAAGCAGUGUAGUGGUCCAGUCGCCUCUGUUGGCAACCCCACCAUCCACAAUGGCAUCUUCUGGUGGUUCCCCACUCCAGGUUCUUCCGCUCACCAAAAGUGACAUUGCCAUGCAGAGUUACUAUGUGAAUGGUGGACACAGGAUCAAACAAUUCCCUGAUGGAAUCCUGGAGUCUGGUCCUUUUCCCGUUUUACCCCCACCACACGGGUUCGGAAGCAGUUUUUCCACACCAACUGGGAUUCAGGCGUUUUUAAUGAAACCGGAUUUGCUUCCAGUGGAACCCCAGCAGCAGGUUUCCAGGGAAGACGACCCCUUGACACCGGCAACCGUGAUAGAGGCUGUUGUUCAUGUCACAUCUACCCUCGAGGCAAAGGACUCUUCUGCGGAUUCUGGGAUUGAGACCAAUGAAAGGGUUCAAGAAGUCCCAGCAGACCCAAUACCCGAAGUGGUUGAGGUACCAUCACUGCGUCAACCCUCACCUGUGGUCCUGAAACCAGAACCAGCAGCAGUUGCCAUCGAAAUUUCCAGCUGCAAGGAACCAUCAGCAUCCCUCAAUAAUAAGGCAGAAGUGGUGAAUCAAGAAAGCUUGACUUUGGCACAAAGAAUCGCCUCGAGGUUGAAAAAGCCAAAAAAGAACCCCGAGGAAUGCAGAAAGAAAUCCAAGUCGGAAAAUCGGGCGAAAAAGGCUUUCAAAACAAUUUCCGUCAUCAUGGGCGCAUUCGUCGCGUGUUGGACCCCGUAUCACAUCUUGGCCCUGGUGCAGGGGUUCUGCAGCGAUCCCCAGGGGUGUGUCAACAACCAUCUUUACAUGUUCUCCUAUUUCCUGUGUUACGCUAACAGUCCUAUGAACCCGUUUUGCUACGCUUUGGCCAACCAGCAAUUCAAGAAAACCUUCACGCGAUUGCUGAAAGGCGAUUUUCACGUCACAUGAAUGAUUGGUGUUUUCAAAAAUCUUGUUCUCCCUGUGGGAUAUUUCCUGCUUCUGAAACAACCAUUUUUUCCUUCAUAUUUCUUGAAAGUUCAGAAGGUUAUUUAGUUUCACUAGCACAAGAUGUAUCUCGGGUUUUUCUGGACACUUGAAAGUCAGUGACUCAACUAUAGACUGCAAAUAUUUCGCUGUUGAAAGUGCGUGAGGAAUUUCUGCAAGACUUGGUUAUUUUUCUUUUGUUCAAACUAGCAGUUGAGAACUGCUGAAGCAGCUGAAGAAGCUGGAGGGAACCAAAUGUGUUUGAGAAAGUUCUAUAUAUUGUGAGAGGAAUUUAUUUUAAACGAAACGAAGCGACAGUCCCAUUGAAAAAGAGUUCUCGUUUACAAAUAGAGUUGUUGAAAUAUCUACCAAGCUUCCGAAUACGUCGUCAGUAGCAAAAUUAAGCGUCAAAUACCUUGGGUGGAAUUUAUACAAGAUGAUAAAAAUGAAAAAAAAAUUGCUAGUGAACUCGAAGGCUUUUAUGAAUGUUCUAAGAAAAGAAGUUGAGGUGGUUUCAGAAUUAGAUAUUGUCUAGUCUAGGUCCGUUUUUGGGUGAAAAUAAAGUUGUUGCCAAAAAAUCUA